AACAUUGAAAUGGAUUUGACAAUAGAAUCGGGUGACCAGACUUGCUCGGAUCGUGACGUGCUUGCAUGAUCGAUUGAGUCAUAAGGAUUUUUGGCCGUCGACGAGAUGCUACUCAACGCGAUCUGCUCUUGUGAGCAUGUGGGGUGACCAUGAACUUCGCUGCGAUGAUGCAGCGUUCUUGUGCUCGACAUGUCCCUCAGAAAAUUUUUGUUUCGUGUAGGUUCGGCAGAUAUGCAUGGACGGCGUCGAAGUUCUUGGGGAUGAUAGGUUUGCUCGCGGCGGGUCGUCAGAUAUGGUACCUUUGGAUGUUCCAAUUUCUGAUUAGUCACUACCGCUGCUGCUUCGAGGUGCAGACUGCACAUGAUAUAAUCAAGAAUGGGUGAUCGAAUCCAUGCGCGAACAAUCUCAACUACAGUAAAAGGCAAUUCGCAUCGAAUCGACCUACAGGCAUUGUUUUCCUCUCUGCGCAUACUCUCUUCCAAAGUUCUUCACAUUUCCUCGAGCAACGCUUCCACGAUCGCUUUUGCUAUCCAUUAAAGCACACGGAAGUAAAAUCAGUCGAGCGGGAAAACCCAACGUCGUGGAUUGCUAGGCAAACACUAGAUCCGCAGAAGAUAUAACUGAAGCUCGUAGCUCUUUCGACGAUGUUUGUUAAGAACAUAGGGCAAAAGAAUUCUGCUUGCUUUCAAACUUUCAUGGCGUGUUGACAGUUUUCAUAGAUUUCCGUUCGAACAGAAGAUUAUUGACAGUGCACGGAUUGAGGCUACGAGACCGGUAGUUUAUUGUGGCUGAUGGUAAAGCCAUGCCUACAACUACAUAUGUCAUGCGUGAUAAGAUCUGGUCUAAUCUGAUAAGAUAUUCAAACUAAAAGGGUAAGAAUGAGGAAUAGAACAAUUCCCGAAAUGUUCGCCGCCUGGUACGGUGGUUCAAGAAGGGACGAUAACGACGAUAACGACAGCCAAAACAGAGCCCAACCAGGCGCAGGUCCGAGUGGAACGGCGGGAAGAAACGACGAUGAAGCAGGCCCCAGUGGAACGGCCGCAUCAGGAGCACGACAAACACGAGCUGCUGCUGCUGCUGCUGCUGCUGCUGCAGCUCCAGCUGCACGAGAUGGGUAUACAGAGUCCAGUGGUGUGGGUGCUGCACGACAACGCGCUUAUGGAAGAGGGCGACGUUCGAGACCAGCAAUUCAGAUUGCACCUCGCCCCGGUACCGCCCCCGGUCCCUCGCAACCUCCAUCUCCGACACAGACUGCAUCUGCGGUGCCGGUCUCGCAGGCGUUUGGGCGUUUACGCGCAGGUCUCGCAGGACCCCGUCGGUCUCGGACUGAACCUCCGCCGGCAGCUGCGGCAGCUGCCGGCGGAGGAGGUCAGCCUCCCGCCGGUGCUCCCGGCGCUCCAGCGCAAGCAGCGGCGGCAGCUGCCGGCGGAGGAGGUCAGCCUCCCGCUGGUGCUCCCGGCGCUCCAGCGCCGGCAGCUGUGGCAGCUGCCGGACCGCGACGUCCUGUCGCCCCGUCUCCUAGCGCUGCAAAUGCUCCGAUUAUGCGGGGCUCGGGGCCGGGCAGUCCCGUACGUCCGGACAACGCACCUCCCGGCGCGGGUCCGGCGCCCGGUGGCAGGCAUCGGCGACGCACUCAAGCUGGCGUCGUCGUGUGCACGCAGCCCUGCUGCAACAUGGCCUGGGCCGGGGAUACCAUGCCGGGCGCGGGGACAGUCACGGCCGGGGACGGCGUGACUGUCCCCGUGACUGUCCCCGUGCCCGGGCUCACGGUCCAGGAGGACGUCACCAUCCAGGCGCUCGUGAGUGCGAUGGAAGGCGUGUUGGAGGACUUGCGCACAGACACAGACAUCGCCGGGCCACCGCCAGGUCCGGUCCUGGUACCGGCACCGGACGAUGGGACUGGCGAACGCCCGUCCCAGCAGCAGCAGGUCGACCAGGCGGGGCCUUCCGGCGACGGAGCUUCGGCUACUUCGUGGAAUGAGAUCUUGCAAGGUAGUCGGACAGUGUUGGUUCCGGUGUUGAGUGAAGAUCAAGCUAGGAAAUCUCUGCUUUCGGAAAGAAUCCCAAAAAUCAUCAAGACUCUUCUGGCGAGCCUUUGGCCGGGCGGGCCGACUAGAACGAACCCUCCCGACGGGUACAUUUUACACCGGCUGUGGAACGUCAUCAGAGAGUAUGAUGCGUACGGACGCCCUAUUACAUUCCACCUUGAUUAUCAGCAUGAACACGACGGCCAUCCGGCAAAAAGCAUACCUGCGUAUCGUUGUCACUGCUGGGCUGACAGACUCGGACAUAGGUGGACUGAGCUAACGAUAGAUGACGAAAUGCGAAUGUUACCUGAGGGCAUUGAGCGGAGACCUCCUGAUAAACUUAAGAGGCUUCUGACUGCCAUGCUGGAUGAUUAUGUCAAGAAUCAUCCUCUGUUUGAGACCAGAAAUCCUCACUAUGUCAGAAGGCAUCAAUCAUUUAUUUGGCCUCAUUGGGUGAAAGUGUUUAUAAGAGCGUUUCUACAGCACGCGGGGAUACGCGAGCCGUCAUUAGGGCAUUUCUGGUAUCUCAGUGACCCACAGGCAACUUUGUUGGCCAGAUUGACCGGUUUAACAAUGAAAAUGAUACAAGACGGUAUGGACAACUGGAGAUUGAAACGAAGGGAAGCUGAUAUGGCUCUGCCUGCCAACGCACCAAGAUUUGUUCCCGCCACAAGAUGGACAUGUCCAGAGGACAAUCUCCAAAUCGAUCAAUACAUGAUUCCGCGGAUGGUGAGAGACCUACGUAAUACGUCGGUAACCAAUAUUCCACAAAGAGAUAUUGAUGAUCUUAAAAGACGUUGCCAAGAUCUUAAUGCUUAUGACGACCAAAAGAUGAGAAACAAACUUAAGAAUUGGUAUAAAGCAAGUGGAAACAAGAGAAGUGGAAAUCAUUACUCGGAUUACGCCGAACAAGUUUACGAUGAAUUAGCUCGACAAGACGGAGCUCCCGGUCUAAGGGAUUGCUGGAAACAACCGCAUCUAUUCAUUGAACAACAUGUAAAUACAACUAUACAACGGACUCUGGAGAAGGCUGAAGCUCACUUUCAGAAAAGACUUGCACAACAAGCCAACACGCAGCAAAGAGUUCAGCAGAGAGCUCGAAGAGCAGAAGAUUUGGCUAGACAGCAAGCAAGGGCAAGAACUGUCGGAGAUCAACUCAAUAGAAUCCGAGCAUCGCUUGGUCCAGUUGAUGGUCCUUUGGAAAUCCCUGUCGCUGAUGGCGAUAACGAUAAUACAAUUACGGAGGAGGAGAUUUUUUUGACUGCCGUAGCCAUCAGCGGUAAUGAAAGAACUCAGUAUCUUACUUCUCCUGGCAUAGCGAAUGUCCUAGCCAACAUACGACGAAGGGAUAGAUUCCGAGUACGAAUCCAGGAGACUAUUCACCUCGCGAGGUUCCAGCCACCAGCAGAGGGUACAUCUGCCAGUGCGGAGGAUCCCUCCUUGUGGCGGUUCGAGCUCGAUCCGGACCAGGAUCUAGGACAACAAGCUCCUGCUCCGGCUCCAGGACAACAAGCUCCCUCUCCAGGACAGGCUCCCUCUCCAGGACAACAAGCUCCGGCUCCAGGACAAGCUCCCUCUCCAGCACAACAAGCUCCCCCCUCUCCAGGACAACAAGCUCCCUCUCCAGCACAACAAGCUCCCCCCUCUCCAGGACAACAAGCUCCCUCUCCAGCACAACAAGCUCCCCCCUCUCCAGGACAACAAGCUCCCUCUCCAGCACAACAAGCUCCCUCGACUCCAGCACAACAAGCUCCCCCCUCUCCAGCACAACAAGCUCCCCCUCCAGCACAACAAGCUCCCUGUCCAGCACAACAAGCUCCCUCUGCAGGACAAGCUCCCUCUCCAGCACAACAAGCUCCCCCGACUCCAGCACAACAAGCUCCCCCGACUCCAGCACAACAAGAUCCCCCUACUCCAGCACAACAAGCUCCCCCGACUCCAGCACAACAAGAUCCCCCUACUCCAGCACAACAAGAUCCCCCGACUCCAGCACAACAAGCUACCUCUCCAGCACAACAAGCUCCUUACCAACCCCCAGCCACCGCCCCCGUGCCGGCGCAGGCUCCCGUGACGGCUUACGAUUUCUAUGACGACUUAGAUUACAUUGUCGACAAGGACGAAAUGACGUACUUCGAGCAGUUCCUAGUCCCUCAAGCUCCUUACCAACCCCCAGCCACCGCCCCCGUGCCGACGUCCUUCGAGCAGUUCCAAGUCCCUCAAGCUCCUUACCAACCCCCAGCCACCGCCCCCGUGCCGGCGCAGGCUCCCGUGACGGCUUACGAUUUCUAUGACGACUUAGCUUACAUUGUCGACAAGGACGAAAUGACGUCCUUCGAGCAGUUCCAAGUCCCUCCUGCCCCCGCUAUUGACCCCUCUGGAGCAGGUUUGCAGGGAUCUGCGGACGGGAGUCCGACUCCCUCUCUGUCUUCCUUCAGCGUGGUGGCGGAGGUGAAUCUGCCAGCACUGCCCCCGCAAAAUCCAGGUCUGCAAGCUCCAGCUCAGCGCAGUCUCGAACUGGCAGUCCGAAUUCGAGAACCAUCGCCGGGAAGUGCACCUGCUUCUUCCUCGGCCUUGCCGAGGAGCUUCGAAGUGAGCCCACGGCCGAUUCGUCGCCAUGCCUCGCCUCGAGGAACAUCGCCCGUGUCAUCAUUUCGAAUCGAUAGUACGGGUCCACAAGGCAGCGUUCCCAUGGUCGUCGACGGCGGUUCGGCUUCCCCGUCAGGUACACCUCCGGGUGGCAAUAUCCAACCAUUGGAUCUGACCAUGCCCAUGGGAUUACGAUGGACCCCCUCACCACCGCGACCAUCAUCACCACCAUCGUCAACAUCCGGUGAUGCCGAUAGCGAUCGCAAUCGCCAUCGCAUUUUCUACCAAGGCUCAAGCUCCAAUAGUUCGUCUAAGUAGUCCAUUCCCCGUUUGGCAAGUUGAGCCGCGUGACUAACGAUAAACGCACCUGCGCUAUCCAUUCUCUCCUCCAAUCUUCUGAUCAUGACGAUGACGCUCCAGCGGUUUGAGCAUAGCGUUGAGUCACGUUUCAAGAACAAAGGCAUGCAGGUAUUACAAUAUAUAUAUAUUUGACUAAUAUAGUAUAAAGUCUAAACUAAAC